AUGGACUUUGAUCAACAGCUACAGCUCCGAUUCGCGCUCAUCGAGAGUUCCAAAGUCUUGCAGUCGCUUCAUCUGUACCAUGGUGCCAAAUGGUCGAGCGAAGCACUCAACGGCUUGUGCCCACUCACAAACGAUCAGAAAGCGGCCGUGUUUCAACAGUCACAACAAAGGACCCCUAUCUCGUUUCUCCCUCAACACUCUCAGGAUGACUUUCUAGAGUUCACCGAGCAAGACAAACUGUUGAUGGCCACGUCAUAUUUCAGUUUCAAGGAGUUCGAUCGCUGUGCUCAUGUGCUGAAAGACUGUGCCAGUCCCCGGGGUUUAUUUCUGAAACUUUACGCCCUGUAUUUGAGCGGGGAGAAGACCAAAUAUGACGAAACGGGAGGGGUGCUCGGGCAGCAGGAUGGGAAGGUUCAAAAUCAAAAAUUGACGGAGAUAUCGAAGGAACUGGAAAAUUACGGCAAGCAAAGCACAAGGGAGCAAUUGGAAGACCCCUUCUUGCUUUUCCUCAAUGGACUUGUUGCAGCCAAGUUAAAGGACAACGCAGCAGCCCAAGAAUGUUUCUACAAGUCUCUCACUAUUUAUCCUUUCAACUGGUCCUGCUGGUCUGAGCUUAUUGCCAAUCUUGCGAGUUUUGGAGAGGCGUUGAACGUGCUUAAUAAAUUCUCCAAGAAUGCCAAAUUUAUGAACAACAGGCUGUACCACGUAAUGCUGCGCUUUUUCAAGAUCACCAUCAGCCAGGAAUUUUUCCAGCAGUUCAAUGAGCUCUACGAAGACCUAUCUUAUUUGCUAGACAUUUUUCCUACAUUUAGCUACCUGAAGAUCCAGAAAGCUCUCAUUUCUUAUAAUGCUCUCGACUAUGUCGCUGCUGAAAACAUAUUCGAUGAUGUUCUGGAAAACGAUCCGCUCAGACUAGACGACAUGGACACAUACUCCAACAUUUUAUAUGUGAUGGAAAAAAAAUCCAAGCUGGCGUUUUUGGCUCAGUUUGCGUCUCAAAUCGACAAUUUUAGGCCCGAGACAUGUUGCAUCCUUGCCAAUUACUACUCGCUCAAGUUUGAUCACCAAAAAGCCAUCAUGUACUAUAAGAGAGCUUUGGCCCUGAACAGAAACUGUCUCAGUGCCUGGACUCUCAUGGGCCACGAAUUUGUUGAACUCAAGAACUCCCACGCAGCCAUUGAGAGCUAUAGACGUGCCGUGGACACAAAUAACAAAGAUUUCCGUGCUUGGUACGGUCUUGGCCAGGCAUACGAGGUGCUGGAUAUGCAUUUGUACAGUCUUUACUACUACCAACGAGCAUGUGCACUCAAGCCACUUGACAAGCGGAUGUGGCAAGCGGUUGGCAACUGCAGCGAAAAAUUGGGCGAGCACGAGGAUUCGAUCAAGGCGUAUAAGAAAGCCCUAUCUGUGUCGAGCGAGUACGAUCCUGUGAUAUUUUACAAACUGGCAAACCUGUACCAGUCCAUCAAAGACGAUGAGAAUGCUGCUGUGUACAUGAAACUUUGCUUGGACGAAGAAGUCAACGAGGGAGUCACCACAGAAACUACCAAGGCUCGUCUCUGGCUAGCAAGAUACGAACUGCACCAUCAAAAUUGGCAGGCUGCUUAUGACUAUGCAUCUGAAAUGACACACGGUACUUCGCAUGAAAUAGAGGAAGCCAGAUCCAUUGCAAGAGAAGCUCGAGUCAAUCUGAACAGGAACGGAUGA